UUGUCUUCCUGGCUCCCCCAUCCCAGGACCCCCUCCGGUCACAAACAGCCCACGGGCAAGCCCAGGGCACAUCUUGGAAGCAGCAGCUGAUUUCUGCCAGAAAGCCAGAUGGGGUGAGGAACCGGGGGUGUGGUCCCCCAUGAGCACGCACGACCUCCAACACCUCUCCCAGAGGCGCCAGUCUCCCCACCACGCAGAAAUUGGGGUGUGGAACCCUGCUCGCGAGGCCCCCACCCUGGGGUCCGGGGGCGAUUUCCCGAGCUUGGAGGGCCGGAGGGAGGGGGCGUGGUACUCGCCCUCCGGAUUUAUGAGAACCAGACACAGACUUCCUCCGUUGCGACAUCUGCGCCUUCUCGAAGCUCCAAUUGUCCCCGCGGCGAAGGGCCCCGCCAUAGCGUCGCCCCGGCCUGGCGUCAGUCACCGCGGGGCCCGAUCCGCGCUUCCACGCGGGGUAACCACCCCAACCCACCCCGGGGCUCCAGGAGACGCUUCGACCCAGGAGGGAUCUCUGCACCCGGGCUGGGGCAGGUUCCGCGACACGGAGACCCCGGCUCCUGACGGGGCGACUUUGGGCCGGUUCCCAGACCCUGUAGCCCCAGAACCGGAUGAUCUCUGCCCGCGCCGGGGCCACCGACCCAGCGCGCGCAGCUCCAGCCCCGCGGAGGGGGUGGGCCCGGAGCGGAGCAGGGCAGGCAGGGACCACGGUGUCCCCAGCGCUACGCCCGUGUGCGCGCCGCUGCCCCGUGGAGCGCCGCCGCACGCGCCCCGGUCCGAACGUGUCGCCUUUGUGUGCGCGGGUGGGAGGAGGAGGAGGACGCGCGAGGGAGGGGAUGCGCCCCCGCUGGGAUCGCUGGCGACCCUCAUCCGGGGCCGGGCGGGGAGUGGCGGGAGGGGCCGAGCCGCCUCCGGAGCAGCUGCGUCCCCGCCCCCUGCUACGACCCAGGCCGGGCGGAGAGGCCCUUCGGCCUCGGCCAUUGAGGAACCUGCGGGCUUCGCGGGCCAGAUCCGCGCCAGCGCAGCGGCCGAGGCCGGGCAGAGGCGGGGACGCGCUCGGGCCCCCAGCAGCCCUAAAAGGAGACGGGUGGGAAGAACUGGGAAAUUCCAUGCGUGUCCUUACGCUGGCACAGAGCCUGGGGGCCACAGGAGAACCAGCGCCUACAUCCCCCCGCCCCCCGCAGAGCUGGAGGAAGGGAGGGUGUCUGUGUCCCGCACAGGAGGGGUGGAAGUGACUGCCACAGAGGCCUGGGGCAGCUAG